AGUGAAUAAAAAAGUAUAUUAAUAACACUACACAUAUUGUCAUUUCCAAAAUGGGAUAUGUAAUGGUACUAUAAUUACAUCAACUGCCACUGGUUCACUUUCCUGGCUCCCUCCAUAAGUAGUCCUCUUUCCCUCCACAAUUUCCUCCUCAUCUUCAUACAUUUUUCCAGUUUGUUUGUCCCUCUGUUUCCAUUUUCCAUAGAAAUGGGGGUUUUGAAUGUGGCCUGUGUUGCUUUACUUUUUUCACUAAUUUUAGUAGCAGCUGAAGCUAGGAUUCCAGGUGUUUAUAAUGGUGGAGCAUGGCAGAGUGCUCAUGCUACUUUCUAUGGUGGCAGUGAUGCCUCUGGUACUAUGGGUGGGGCAUGUGGUUAUGGUAACCUAUACAGUCAAGGAUACGGAGCAAACAACGGAGCAUUAAGCACAGCACUAUUCAACAAUGGACUAAGUUGUGGAGCAUGCUUCGAAAUCAAGUGUGACAAUUACCCACAAUGGUGCCAUCCUGGAAGUCCUUCAAUCUUCAUUACUGCUACUAAUUUCUGCCCUCCAAACUUUGCUCUUCCAAACGAUAAUGGCGGUUGGUGUAACCCUCCUCGUCCUCAUUUCGACCUCGCAAUGCCUAUGUUCCUUCAUAUUGCUGAGUACCGUGCCGGAAUUGUCCCCGUUGUUUACCGCCGGGUGCCAUGCAGGAAGAAAGGUGGAAUAAGGUUCACAAUUAACGGUUUCCGUUACUUCAACUUGGUUUUAGUAACCAACGUUGCGGGUGCAGGGGAUAUCGUGAGUCUCAGCCUCAAAGGUUCAAAGACUGGUUGGAUUAGUAUGAGUAGGAACUGGGGUCAAAAUUGGCAAACAAAUUCAGUAUUAAUUGGUCAGUCACUUUCAUUUAGGGUUAGAGCUAGUGACAGACGUAGCUCCACUUCAUGGAAUAUUGCACCUGCACACUGGCAAUUUGGUCAAACUUUCAUUGGGAAAAACUUCAGAGUUUAAACAGUGAAAGUAGCUUUAUAAUUUCAAUGUUUGACUAUUGUGGUUAAUGGGCAUUUUGGGGAUUGUGAAACUAGUCAGAAAAUUGCUUUUCUGGAGUUGGGAUUGAGGCCUUCUUUUGAUUAUGGGGUUCUUUUUUAAUUUUUGGACCUUUUUUGUUGGGUUGAAGAGCUGAAGCGGCUGCUGCAGAAACAUGUCGCCCGCAGCUAAUAUUAGGGACUAUAUAUUAUAUGAUUAUAACUGUAUUCCAGUAAUCUGUAGUAGUUCAAUUGAAAAUAUGUAUUACUAUGUUGUUUUGGGUA